UGCAGAAGGUCUGGGCAUCUCCGGCACCCAAAGCCACGCAGCAGAGCCGCAGAGAGGAGCCAGCACCCCGUCGGAAAAGCUGUUCCGCUGCUCAAUGCUAGAUUUCUCAUUUGACUGCUCUGAGGAGUUCGAUAUUAACGCUUUUGAGGACAUCAUUGCUUUGUAUGAAAGCAAGAAGAAAAGUAAAGGUAUCAAACAAAAGCAGAUCAUUCCGAAGAAUCUGCUGGACUCCAAGUCCCUGAAGCUGAUCAUCAGCAUGACCCUGCACGACCGGACCACCAAGUCCCUGCUACACCUGCACAAGAAGAAGAAGCCGCCGAGCAUCAGCGCCCAGUUCCAG